AUGUCGUACGUGUCUGUUUCCCCAUCCCUAUCCGAUAAGAAGAGGUUUCCACGUUUCGUCCGUUCUAAUUCCCCGGACGUGGAUGUCAACCCGGCUCGGGUGGAGAUCUUCAAACAAUUCGGCUGGUCAAACAUCGCCACGCUGCACCAGUCCUUUGAACUCUUCUCAGUGCCAACAGAGGAUCUGAUGGUUCGUCUGAAAGAAGCCAACAUGACAAUUGUGAGAUCUGAGAUUAUCACAGGAAGUCCAGCAGUACAGAUCAAGGCUCUUUGGGAUGCUGAUGUGCGGAUCAUUGUGGGCAGUUUUUACGAAAACAUGGCACGACAGGUGUUUUGUGAGGCUUACAAGGUGGGACUUUACGGCAGUAAGAUCGUUUGGGUGAUCAACGGCUGGUUCGACGACUUCUGGUGGCUUGUUCCCGACGCCAGCGUGGACUGUACGCCGGAGGAGAUGUCGCGAGCAGUAGAAGGCUAUAUCGCUGUCGACAGACUCUACAUCAGCCCUAUAGAGAUCCCCGCUAUCUCCGGCAUCACCCCCUCACAGUAUCUGGCUAUAUACGCCAACAGGACCAACAACGUCAACUACCCUGGCACCAAGGCCGCACCCAUGGGAUACGACUCCAUCUGGGCCCUGGCUUUAGCUCUCAAUGACACCCUCACGGAACUUAUUGAUACUGGGAACCCCAAACGGCUCGAAGACUUUGCCUACAGUGAUGAAGAACUUGGCCUCCUUAUCUGGACCAAGAUGCUGAAUGUCAAAUACAGAGGGGUCAGGGGUCAAGUGGCAUUUAAUGAGAAAGGUGACCCCGUGGCUAUGUUCAGGAUAGACCGUGUUCAGGGUGGUGAGGUGCAGAUGGUGGGGCUCUAUGAUCCGAACCUGGUCGCCGAUGUGAAGAUCGAAUGGCUACCAGCUGCACCCAUCGUAUGGGCAGGUAUAACAAUAAAGAACAAACGUUAG